AUGGCGCUUAACAUUAAAUAUGGGGUCCUCCUUGGACUAUGUAUCUUAGUGGCUGCUCAAGAUUUGAACUUGACAAUUCACGGUAUCGCCCACUCGCAUAACAGGCCUGGCUUGCAGAUGCCUCCUGAAAAAUACUACCAGGAAUACACCCACAAAAUCUUGGAUAAUGUGGUAGCUGCUUUGGAGAAAGAUCAAAGUAAAGUUUUCCAUUGGGAUGAUAUUGCUUCCUUCGAGAAAUGGAUUUAUAGAUAUCCAAGCACUGACUAUUCAAAAUUAACUAGAAUUAGAAAACUGAUUAAAGAAGGAAGAUUUGUAUUUGUAGGUGGAGGAUUCGUUAUGAAUGAUGAAGCAUUACCUUCUUACAAAGAAACGAUGCUUCAAAUGAGAAUUGGAAGAAAAUUCUUAGACCAUUAUUUUGGGAUAAAGCCGACCAUAGCCUGGCAAAUUGGUUCAAUCGGUCACUCAGCUGCUACAAUAUCUGUACUAAGCAAGCUUGGAUACGAAGCAAUUGUUGGAAACAAGAUCUCAUCAGAUUACAAAAAGAAGCUCGAGGAUGAGUAUGGCUUUAACUUCUAUUGGCAAGGCCAUCAAGUUUCAGAAAAUCGGCAAGACGAUGUCCUUCUAACCCAUAUAUUGACAAAUGAUUACACAAGUUUGGAUGCUGGGGAUGAAGGAAUGGUGAUUAAAUCAAACAUUCAAACGGAAAAAGCAUCUAUUUAUGCUGAAAAUAUUGUCCCAUCAUUAACUUCAGCUGAAGUAUUGAGCAACAAUCAAACAACAAGCAUCCAUUCAAUGGUCUGACUUGGUGGUGACCACUUCUUUGUACGAGCUCCUGAACUCUUUAAAAAGUAUGAUGAGCUGCUCGAAGGUCUUAAGACAGAAGCAACUGAAGUUGGGAUGAAAGUAGAUGCAAAAUACAGCUCCCUUUAUGAUUAUUUCGAAGGACUCCAUAAUUCUGAAAGCACGUUUGGGUUAUUUAAAGGAGAUUUUUUACCGUACAAUGAGCCUAAUGAGCAAUCUGAAGAUUUCUGGACUGGAUACUAUUCGACAAGAGUUCAAAAUAUUAGGUAUGCAUUUAAUCAAUUGCAUGGCUUAAAAAUUAUACUAGGAAUCAUUCAAACUAGUAGAGGAACAUUGGUGAGCAAUUUGGGAAGCAAAAAGAUGCAUCGAAAUCAAUAUAAUCUCAAUCAAUAUAUCGAAAUGGCUGAGAAAAAAUGGUCUUCCCUACUUCACCACUACGCCAUAUCAGGAAUUUUUGAUCAAGAAACCGAGAAGAGCUAUUCUAAGUCCUAUAAUGAAACUCUAAAUCUCAUCGAUAUAAGUCUGCAGCAUUUAUUAAAUAGUAGCUAUCCAGUAUAUAAGCUUUAUAAUGAUAGCUUUAUGACUAAAUUUUCUCAGAAUUACAGCUAUCCAAGCUGCUUUGAUUUAGUAUAUGUGAAUCCUUCUGCAUUUAAGAGACAUGAAGUUAUGAAUAUCACAAUUCCCGAUGAGUACAAGAAUAAGAUUGUUUACUUGAUCCUAGAGACUACUCUUGGUUCAAAAUCACCCUCGAGUUAUAUCACAGAUCUUUAUGAGAUAGAUGAGCAGACUCAUGAAAUGGUUAAGGUAACCAAGUUAUUCUUUGAGCUUGAAAUGGAAGGACUCUCGACAGCUAGGCUAUACAUGUAUCCGUAUGGUGGCAGUACUAGGUGUGCAUUAGACUUUAUAAACUGUGCUGAGAAAGUCACCAGUCGCAUCGUCAAAGGUGAACACCACAUCAGGAACGAUUAUACAUGGCUAAGCUUUGAUGAAAAUGGAAAUCUAAAGGAGAUUAUAAGUGGCCAAGGCUCUGACGCUGAAGAGCAACCUAUUGAAGAACAGAUUAAUUAUUACAAGACUGACAAGCCGAGUAGGUCUAGCCAAUAUACUUUUAACCCGAUGGAAGAGAAGGUAGUCAUGGAAUUUGACUUUUCAGAGAUGCAUGAACAUGAAAUUGGGAAUUUGGUUAGAAUUUUACAAGUAUAUUGUUUUAUCCUGUUGAUUAAUGCAAUUUUUAUGAUAGGAUAG